UAUGUCAAAACUAAACUGAAUUAAACCUGUGUUAGUGUUUCAUGUGUAAAACCCUAUGUCACAGCCAUCAAGAUUACCCUUGUCUCUCGACAUCUGAAUCUCAGGAUGUGACAGCACUAACGUACGGCGCAUGUCACAAUCUGUUGCUCAUUGCUUCUGAUACACACUACUUCUUAAGACCAUAUCUCACCCUCACCAGUACACGGGCACAGACAGACCAGUCCUGGACAUUUGCUGCAAAUGCAGACUUCCUGCAAGAAUGGAGAGCUAUGAAGAGUUCUGCAAGGCUCACCUUGCUCAGAUCCAAUGCAAGGUCAAGAUGGAGCAACGUUCUCUGCCGGCAUCGAACUCCAGAGGCUCUUUGAUUCGGUUUCACGGUGUUGCUGUUCUUUCACCACUGCUUUCCUCAAAACAAAGGGAAGAGAUACGUGAAUUGAAAGCCAGGAGUUCCUGUAAAACCUCAAACGAGAAACUGCCUGAAAUACGAAGAAGUACAUCAUUACCGAAUGUGGAUGGACCAUUGAACAAGGAAGCAUGCAACCUGCUCCAUACAUUGCUGGUCACUGAUGAGAUUGGAGAAACACGCUCAACAAACCUUGAGGGAGCUCCCGUGUCUGCAGGGAUGGCCUCCGAUGUGUUUAAUGAAAGAACUGAUACUUCAAAUCACCACAACAGUUCUUGCCUGGAUCGCCUCGUGAGGAAUAAUCCGAGGGUCAACAGUUGCAUGAAUAAUGGUCCAAAACCAGAUGACUUUCCGAGGGCAGCCAUCCAUACUCUUCAAAAUGCCACCGCCCCUAAAAUAAUUGUCACAACAAAGCACAAAGCAGCCAAUUCUACCAUGACGCAGGAACGCGAUCGUCAGGUCUGGAGUGAUGAUGCCACAGAGAUAAUGAGGGACAACGAAAGUCAUGGCACUGCAUUAGAUUUCUUCCAUCUUCCAACCGAGGAGACUAUCCUGAGAGGGGAUCCAAGUUCUCAAACAAUCGCACCGAGCCUACAGAUCCUAUUGAAAAAGUCCAGGGAGUAUCGAGAUAGGCAGAGACAACAAAAAUUGCUGAAGAACUUGCAUUUCAAAGGCGACGCAGGAAACCUUUUCGAUAAGGAAAAUCAUUUAUGUGCGAGAAAAGCUGGCAAAGGCACCAGGGAGAGAAGGACAUUGUCAAACCUUGAUCCAGCACUGCCAACGGUGUCUUCGCUGCAUUUCACAUAUUUUCCCAAACAGAACAACAUUUCAGUCACUACUAAUGUGAGCACGGCAAAAAUAACUGAAUUGCUCCCUUAUCUGAGUCCCACCUUAUCUGAGGAGGAGAAUAAAAAUGACAAAAUAGUUGACGUGGACCCAUUAUGUUCAAACUCUGGGGAUCACGUUUCCCAGUCUCAGGAGGGGAUGAACCAAAUGUACAGAAGCCAGAAUGGUGGUUUCAUGAUACCCAACCCACCACUGAGUGAAAGUCCAGUGUUGUCCAGAAAGUGGACCUGUUCAUCACAGAGGCUGCUUGUAAAUGCCCCAGUCAAUGCGGGCAGUGACUUGUUUGAACAACAGAAGGACAAUUGGUCAGAUCCACCCACGGAUCCACCAAAAAUCAAUGUGGCACAGAGGCAACGCAUCAGUGAACUGGAAGUGAACCUGAAUAGUCUGAAAGCUUUGAUAACCGAUUUGCAAACCACAUUAACUUCAUCCUGCAGCGUAGCAAUGGACGAGCUGUCACUGAAUGAUGGAGCAACUCCACUGCAGAUUGCAACGGAAUCUUUGGGCAUCAAAUGCACAUGGGAUGAUAAUGGAACCGCUGAUAUUGUGGUAGCUGAAUUACUGGGGAAGCAAGGAGAUGAUGAUCAAAGUUCCCCAUCGAGCGAGGAGUCAAAUCUGCAAGCUGUUAGUUGUGUUCCUGUUGCAUUUCAGGCCGAUAAUCCACAAGAAUCCGUCGUACAAGAAAUACACUGCCAGGGAAUGUCUACAUUAUUCCCAUAAAGUAUCUACACUUCCCACGGCAGGUCUAAGUCCAAAUUUUAUUUCUAGUCACAAACAGAAUAGCAAAGAAUCCAACCAUUAAUAAGUCCUACGACAUGGAUAUUCCAUCUUCACUUUGGACAGAGGAUGUAAACUUGAAGUAGAAGAUGGAUCAUUCAGAACUAUCAGUCACUCCAGAACUCGGACCAAACGUAUUAGACCACAGCGUCAAAAGAAAAUUAAUGAUGCACAGUGCCAGUGGUGACAUGAACUGCAGCCUGUUGCUCCGAUUCGAGACACUAAAAUAUAAUUGCAACUCGAGUCUGAACUGAGAAGAUAAAGAACAGUCACAUAAUAAGGAGCAUAAAGUCUACUCACACUAAAGCGAUUUUGAUAAAACAGCCAAAUGUUCUAAUAAUAUUUUUUCUCAACUAUUUAAUGAUGAAUAUUGUACUUUUGUAAUGUACCAUUAGGCUAAUAAAUUAUUUAAAAAUCACCGCAA